GCGACGUAAAAUGGCAGGGGGCGCCGUGGUCGGUGUCUUGAGCGGUGUUCCACUGCUUUUUUUCUCAACUUGUUUUGGUCACUAAUUCGAUGGGAAAAUGUCGGAUUUGGAAGAAUAUCGGCAAAUGAUAUUGAACUUCCGGGUGUCGGAGCUCCAGGUGCUGCUGGGCUUCGCCGGCCGGAACAAGUCUGGCAAGAAGCAAGAGCUUCAGCUUCGGGCGCUGGAGCUGCUGCGCGGCCACUCGACGCCCAUACUGAUGAAGAUAAGAGAUCUGCACAAGUUAGUGCAACCCUCCAUCUCUGCUCCUCGACGAACACGGUCUUCCUGGCAACCCGCGAGUGACACAGGGUAGGCGAGUGUGUGGGUG